AUGUUGCGCAUUGGUAUCAUCUUCCACCCAUCACAGGCAGAGGAAGAGGAAGACAUCAUCGCGAUGAACACCAACUACAACAAUGAAAUUAGAAGAGACCCUCACAAGCUCUUUUCCCCAAACAGUCGCACGGAAGCAAACAAUCACUGCCCCACCAUAGCUACGCGCAUUAACCUCGAGCUUCUCUACCAGCAGUCGCAAAGAAGGCAAAACGAGCAAACCACCUAUCCAAAAAACGCACCCAUCUCCGCUGUGGACCAUUCCUUUCCCUCCUUCACGCUUGUAAGUUGUAUUUCCGUACAAUCGCUCCAAUUUUCAAGGCACGCUAUGGAUACACCUUUGGCUACAAUCACGAUGGAUUCCUCCAUGUCACUAGCCCAGCAGGGAGAAUCCCCUGUCUAUCCAGGCCCUCCCCUGGUUAUCGUAGCAUCCCUCUUGUUUCCCGGGUGA